AUGCCUGUAAACAGCCUCCAGUCACUGGCGCAGCAGCAGCAGCAGCAGCAGCAGCAGCAGCAGCAGCAGCAGCAGCAGCAGCAGCAGCAGCAGCAGCAGCAGCAGCACAAGCGCUAUGUGUGGUCAUCACUUGUACAUCAGCAGCCCGCCUGCAGGGGGGAUUG